AUGUGGAACACUACUAGUCCCAUGUUUAGCACCUGUAUGGCCGAUACUUGGCUUGUAUGGCUGCCGGCUACCUGUCUAACCGUAUGCCUGUCCAUUAAAAUCAUUACACUAUGUUGUAAUCGCCGAUCGGUUAGACCAACAACACCAACAACAACACCGCCAACUAUUGACUACAACUACUUCAAUAUUAUACGACUGGCCAUUGCCUGUCUGUUAGCUACGGUGACUGUAGUCGACUUGUUUGUCAGUCUAUAUCAGCUCAGAUACUAUCAUCAAUGGCUGGCCAUUGAUGAUAUUGCCUACAUUAUCAGGACAGUCAUACUAAUAGCUACACGACUAGCCAUAACCGUUGUUGUCUACCAGUACCGACUAAAUGGUCAACACAGUUGCAAUUGGUUUAUAUGGUUUUAUCUAUUAGCCGAUACAGUGGCCAGUAGUCUAACAGUUUGGUCAUACGCUACGGUCAUACCAUCAAUAACUGCGGGACAACUACUAGUGAUAACUAUAGAGUUUUCAUUGACUACCCUAUUGUUAGUGUUUUGUUCAAUUGCCGAUCGUUUACCACAACGACAACAAUUGUCAGCUAAAAGCGCCGACACCUUAACCUUAACCAACAACUGUCCAAAAGAUAGUUCCGGUUUUCUAUCGUUACUAACAUUUCAAUGGGUAGACAGUCUACUGUGGACUGGUUGGCAAAAAUCGUUGACUAUCAGCAAUCUAUGGCCACUACGAUCGGACGAUAGGGUCGACCAAUUGAUGGCCCAAUUUUCUAGACAUUAUAAGACAACUACAACUACUACCAGUACUACUACUACUACUGGCGGUAGUAGUGUAGGAGUAGUCAGUAGUAAUGUAUUUACAGCUAUUUUGAAAACUUUUUGGUCGACUUAUUUGCCGUCAACACUAGCUUUCAUAGUAUUUGAUACGGGAGUCAUAUUUAGCGCAUACCUACUCAAAUAUUUGAUUGAAUUUACCGUCAAUGAUGAUGAGCCCCAAUGGCACGGGUAUGUCUAUGCAACAGCAAUACUGGUGCUCAAUAUGAUGGUUGCAUUUGCCUACUCUAUAAAUGCCCAACAAAUGACUGUUUUAGGACAGCGUAUAAAAACAUUGCUAACCGGACUGGUCUAUCGUAARGCACUGGUAUUAAGUAAUAGUGCCAAAAAUCGUGAGUCAAAUACCGGGCAAAUAGUUAAUCUAAUGGCCGUCGAUUGUCAUCGAUUUAUUGGACUGUUAUCGAAAUUAAAUUUUCUAUGGACCACCAUUAUUCAGAUAACAUUGGCAGUAUAUCUACUAUACACUGAAUUAGGUGUGUCCAUUGUUGCCGGUAUCCUAGUACUACUGGUAGCUAUGAUGACCAAUAUAUUUGUUGCCAAAAUCAACGAUAACUAUAUGUCCCGACAAAUGUCUCACAAAGAUCGCCGACAAUUGAUUACCAAUGAUGUACUCAAUGGUAUCAAAGUAUUAAAACUAUACGCCUGGGAAAAGGCAUUCAUCGAUAAGAUAUUGCAAAUACGCGGCAAAGAGUUGGGAUUUUUACGGACAGCCGGCUAUUGGUCGACAAUAUCGCUGCUGACAUCAACUUGUCUACCAUUUCUAGUAACAUUGGCUACGUUUGGCUCCUAUAUGGCCAUCGGUUCGGACACAUUGGACGCCCAAAAAGUGUUUGUAUCCUUGGCAUUGUUUGCUAAGGUCGGGCAUUCGGUUAUGAAUAUGCCCGACACUAUCAAUGAGAUAAUAAUUGUAUGCGAUGGCCAGUUUGUUGCCGUUAUCGGGACAGUUGGUUCAGGUAAAAGUUCGCUAUUGUCGGCAAUUUUGGGCGAAAUGGACCGACUGGGCGGUCAGGUUAACCUACGAUCGGCAGGUAGUGGUAUUAGUAUAGCUUAUGUACCACAGCAGGCAUGGAUCAUGAAUAUGACACUCAGGGAUAAUAUCAAAAUGUUUGGUAACAAUGAUAUCAUCGACAAUAACCAAUAUUAUGGACAAGUGGUCGACUCGUGCGCACUAACCGACGAUCUAAGACAACUGCCGGCCGGCGAUAGGACAGAGAUCGGCGAAAAGGGUACGAAUCUGAGCGGUGGUCAAAAACAACGGGUAAGUCUGGCCCGGGCUGUCUAUAGUCGGGCCGAUCUCUAUCUACUGGACGAUCCACUGUCGGCAGUGGACAGUCAUGUUGGCCAACAUAUUAUGCGCGAAGUACUGGACUCGCGGACCGGUUUAUUACGCCGGAAAACACGUCUAAUGGUAACCAAUCAGUUGUUUGUGUUGCCUCAAUCGGUUCCUACGAUCAGCUAA